UUAUGUCCAAACAUAUUAGAGAUACAUUCACUGAAUGCCACAAGAAGGGCAGACCAGCAUUUGUUACUUUCAUGACAGCUGGAUAUCCUUACAAGAACUCAACUGUUGAUUUGAUGUUGUCUCUUGAAAAGGGUGGCGCAGAUAUCAUUGAAUUGGGUGUUCCAUUCUCUGAUCCAAUCGCUGAUGGUCCAUCUAUCCAAGCGGCAAACACUGUAGCCGUUUCUAAUGGAAUCACCUACUCAGAUUGCUUAGACUACGUUCGUGAAGCCAGAUCAAGAGGUUUGAAGACUCCAGUUAUGCUGAUGGGUUACUAUAACCCUGUCCUCAGUUACGGCGAAGAGAAGGCAGUCAAAGAUGCCAAAGAUGCAGGCGCAUCCGGUUACAUUAUGGUCGAUCUUCCACCAGAAGAGGCUAUCAAGUUCCGUAACAUCUGUACAUCAGAAGGUCUCUCUUAUAUCCCAUUGGUUGCACCUUCAACCACUGAAGCACGUAUUCAAUUCUUAGCAAGCAUUACCGACUCAUUUAUGUAUGUCGUAUCAAAGAUGGGAACAACUGGUUCUUCCAACCAAGUCAGCACCGACAUCCCUCAAUUAUUGGCUAGAAUCAGAAAGUACACCAGCAAUCCACUUGCAGUCGGUUUCAACAUCUCAACCCGCGAACAUUUCAACUUCGUAGCUGACGCUGGCUCAGAUGGUGUUGUUAUCGGUUCACGGAUUAUCAACUUGGUAAGAGAUGCUCACAAGGAAGGCAAAGAUAUCAACGCUGAAGUUGAAAACUACUGUGCUGAAAUCUGUUCAAGAGAUACAACAAAGAAGGAAGCUCCACCAGUUGAAGUUCCAACUGAGCGCAAAGAAGCUGAACAACCAACAGUCCCUAACAUGCCUGAGCCUCUGUUGGAUGCUAUGUCUGGAAACCCUGCCAGAUUCGGUCAAUUUGGUGGUCAAUAUGUCCCAGAAGCACUCGUUGAUGCUCUCGCUGAACUUGAAGCUGCUCAUAAGAUGGCAGUAAAUGAUCCAGAAUUCUGGAAAGAGCUUGAAAGCUAUUAUGAAUACAUGGGUAGACCUUCAUACCUCUAUGAGGCUACCAGAUUAACAGAGGAAGCCGGUGGUGCUAGGAUUUGGUUGAAGAGAGAAGAUCUUAACCACACUGGCUCACACAAGAUCAACAAUGCCGUUGGUCAAAUUCUCUUAGCUAAACGUCUCGGUAAGAAGCGUAUUAUUGCAGAAACUGGUGCUGGUCAACAUGGUGUUGCAACCGCUACAGUCUGUGCUCGUUUCGGUAUGGAGUGCCAUGUAUUUAUGGGUGCUGAAGAUGUCAGAAGACAAGGUUUGAACGUAUUCAGAAUGCGUAUGUUGGGUGCUCAAGUCAUUCCUGUAUCAAGUGGUGCACAGACACUCAAAGACGCUAUCAAUGAAGCUAUGAGAGAUUGGGUUACUAACCUCUCAUCAACCCACUACCUUGUUGGUUCAGCCAUUGGUCCACACCCAUUCCCAACUAUUGUCAGAGACUUCCAACACGUUAUAUCUAAAGAAAUCAAGAAGCAAAUUCUUGAGAAGACUGGUAAAUUACCAAAAGCAGUUGUCGCAUGUGUUGGUGGUGGUUCAAACGCUAUAGGAACAUUCCACGAUUUCGUUCCAGAUAAGGAUGUUCGUUUAAUUGGUGUUGAAGCAGGUGGUGAUGGUGUUGACACCAACCGUCACUCAGCUACACUCACACUCGGUAAACCAGGUGUUCUUCACGGUGUACGUACCUACCUUCUCCAAAGUGCUACUGGUCAAAUUAUUGAAACACACUCUGUUUCUGCUGGUUUGGAUUACCCAGGUGUUGGUCCCGAGCACGCUCACCUUAAGGAUUCUGGUAGAGCGGAAUACACAGUCGCUGAUGACGAGCAAGCUCUGAGAGGUUUCAGAAUGUUGACCCAGCUUGAAGGUAUCAUCCCUGCACUUGAAUCAUCACAUGCUAUCUGGGGUGGUGUUGAACUCUCAAAGACCCUUAACAAGGAUGACAACAUCGUCAUCUGUCUCUCAGGUAGGGGUGACAAAGACGUUGAACAAAUCAGCGAACUCCUUAAAACUGGUUGGGAUAAGCGUCUCGAUUGGGAUACAACCGUAUAGAGAAUUUUAUGUAACGAAAAUGCACAUUUCCA